AUGCUGAAAAUUCUUCGAGACCACUUCAAGCGCAAUAACAGCGAUAUAGAUGAAAGCCUGCCACCUGUCAUCAGAGCUAUGAUAGUGCAUCUAAAAGAUCAGAGACAGCCUAAGUGGUUAGAGUACCCUGAGGCUAGGCAGGCUCAGCAAGAAGCUAGUCAAACACAAAGGUAUCAUGACGUCGGUUAUACAACGGAUUUCUCGGAAGGGGACGAAGACGGUCAUUUUUUGGAAGGCGACGAAGACGAUCAUUGUUCGGACGGCACCGGGAAUAGCAACGAGGAUUAUAACGAUUAA